GCGGGUAUUAAGCCAGCAAUGGUUCCACCAUAUAAUUGUUCAAAAGCUGCAUUAAUUAGUUUAACAAAAGAAGCGGCUAGAGAAUAUGGUAAAUACCAUAUAAGAGUUAAUGGCAUUGCUCCUACAGUUGUAUUAACACCAAUGAUGGAAAACUAUAUUGAAAAUUGUUCGGAUCCCAACCAGUUGCGUAAAAGAAUUGAAUGUUGUAAUUCAAUACCGGGUUUGCCAACGCCACAAGAUAUAGCAGCAGCCGUUGCCUUUUUAUCAAGUGAUGAUGCGAAAUUUAUUUCUGGUGUUAUAUUGCCAGUUGAUGGUGGCUAUUUAACACAGUAA